AUGUCUGCCGAGACCGAAACCUUUUCUUUCCAAGCUGAGAUCUCUCAGUUGAUGAGUUUGAUCAUCAACACUUUCUAUUCAAACAAGGAAAUCUUCUUGCGUGAGUUGAUCUCUAACGCCUCUGAUGCCUUGGACAAGAUCCGUUAUCAAUCCUUGACUGACCCCUCUGUCCUCGACAGUGAAAAGGAACUCUUCAUUCGUAUCAUCCCCGACAAGCAAAACAACAUCUUGUCCAUUCGUGAUACUGGUAUUGGUAUGACCAAGGCUGAUUUGGUCAACAACUUGGGUACUAUUGCCAAGUCUGGUACCAAGGGUUUCAUGGAAGCCCUCUCUGCAGGUGCUGAUAUUUCCAUGAUUGGUCAAUUCGGUGUCGGUUUCUACUCUGCUUACCUUGUUGCUGAUAAGGUUCAAGUCAUCACUAAGCACAAUGAUGACGAACAAUACAUUUGGGAAUCUGCCGCUGGUGGUUCUUUCACUAUCACUCGUGAUGAAGUUAACCCCUCUCUCGGUCGUGGUACUGAAAUGCGUCUCUUCUUGAAGGAAGAUCAACUCGAAUACCUCGAAGAAAGAAGAAUUAAGGAUAUCGUCAAGAAGCACUCCGAAUUCAUUUCCUACCCCAUUCAACUCGUUGUUGAAAAGGAAGUUGAAAAGGAAGUCGAAGGCGAAGAAGAAGAAGAAAAAGCUACUGACUCCAAGAUUGAAGAAGUUACUGAUGAAGAAGAAAAGAAGGAUGAAAAGAAGAAGAAGACCAUUAAGGAAACUGUGACCGAAAAUGAGGAACUCAACAAGACCAAGCCUCUCUGGACACGUAACCCCGAAGAUGUCAAGGCUGAAGAAUAUGCCGAAUUCUACAAGGCUCUUACCAACGAUUGGGAAGACCACUUGGCCGUCAAGCACUUCUCUGUUGAAGGUCAACUCGAAUUCCGUGCUAUCCUCUACGUUCCCAAGCGUGCUCCCUUCGACAUGUUUGAAACUAAGAAGAAGAGAAACAACAUCAAGCUCUACGUCCGUCGUGUCUUCAUCAUGGAUGACUGUGAUGAAUUGAUCCCCGAAUGGUUGAACUUUGUCAAGGGUGUUGUCGACUCUGAAGACUUGCCUCUUAACAUUUCUCGUGAAAUGCUUCAACAAAACAAGAUCUUGAAGGUCAUCCGCAAGAACUUGGUCAAGAAGUGUCUUGAAAUGUUCCAAGAAAUUGCCGAAGACAAGGAACAAUUCGACAAGUUCUAUGAAGCCUUCAGCAAGAACCUUAAGCUCGGUAUCCACGAAGACACCCAAAACCGUGGCAAGCUCGCUGACUUGUUACGUUACCACUCCACCAAGUCUGGCGAUGAAAUGACCUCUCUCAAGGACUACGUCACCCGUAUGCCCGAGAAGCAAAAGAACAUCUACUACAUCACCGGUGAAUCUCGCACUGCCAUUGAAAACUCUCCCUUCUUGGAAGGUUUCAAGAAGAAGGGUAUUGAAGUCCUUUUGAUGACUGACCCUAUUGAUGAAUACUCUACCACUCAAUUGAAGGAAUACGAAGACAAGAAAUUGGUCUGUAUCACAAAGGAGGGUGCUGAACUCUUGGAAGAAGAUGAAGAAGAAAAGAAGAAGCGUGAAGAAGAAGCCAAGGAAUACGAAAACUUGUGCAAGAGUGUCAAGGAUAUCCUCGGCGACAAGGUCGAAAAGGUUGUUCUUUCUCAAAUCUUGACUGAUUCUCCAUGUGUCUUGACCACUGGUCAAUUUGGUUGGUCUGCCAACAUGGAACGUAUCAUGAAGGCUCAAGCUCUCCGUGACUCUACCAUGUCUAGCUACAUGGCUUCCAAGAAGACCUUUGAAUUAAACCCCAAGCACUCUAUUAUUAAGGCUCUUAAGGCCAAGAUCACUGCUGAUGCUAACGACCGUACCGCCAAGGACCUCGUCACCUUGUUGUACGAAACCUCUCUCUUAACAUCUGGUUUCUCUCUUGACGAUCCUAGUUCCUUCGCUACUCGUAUCAACCGUAUGGUCUCUCUUGGUCUCUCUAUUGAUGAAGAUGAAACCACUGUUGAUGAACCCGUUACUCAAGCCGCUGCUGAAGAAGUUGCUGAAGUUUCCAAGAUGGAAGAAGUUGAUUAA